AAAAAUGGCGACGUGCAUGGUUUCAAAUUUGUCGCCCUUGGUGUUGCCAACUACACGAUUUCUCUUGAAAAUGCAAUAUUCUACAAGGACGAUAACAAUGUAUAUGAAGGACAUUUCCAGACGAGGUUACACGGCAAAUGGUCAGUCGGUUGAAAACUGCAUAAUUGCCACCGGUUUCAGUGGACCACUUAAACAUUACAACGGUCUUAUCAGGGACGGUGCACUGCGUGAGGAUCCUCAGCAAAAAGCGGUGAUUGAAAAACUGGAGGAGAUGCAAAAUACACUGAAAGGUUACAGUAACCAGCCAACAUCGCUCUUUUCCAAGUUCUUCUCAAAGCCUAAACCUCCAAAAGGCUACUACAUUUACGGGGAUGUAGGUACAGGAAAAACAAUGGUCAUGGAUAUGUUUUAUUCACAUGUGGAGACUGCUAAGAAAAAGAGAGUUCAUUUUCAUGGCUUUAUGUUAGACGUACACAAAAGAAUACAUCGCCUGAAACAGAGUAUGCCCAAGAGGAAGGCCGGGAAAAUGGCCAAAUCAUACGACCCAAUAGCUCCAGUCGCAGAGGAAAUAAGCAUGGAGGCUUGUCUGCUGUGCUUUGAUGAGUUCCAGGUCACAGACAUUGCAGAUGCCAUGAUACUGAAGCAGCUCUUUGAGAACCUGUUCCUGAAUGGUGUUGUGGUUGUGGCUACUUCUAACAGGCCUCCUGAAGAUUUAUAUAAGAAUGGACUUCAGAGGGUUAACUUUGUCCCAUUCAUCGCUGUGUUGAAGAAUUAUUGCCAAACUCUCAGAUUGGAUUCGGGGAUAGAUUAUCGUAGAAGAAACAGACCAUCGGGUGGAAAACUCUACUACCUCUCUAGUGAACCUGAUGUGGAGGCAACACUGGACAAGAUGUUUGAUGAGCUGGCUUUCAAACAGAAUGACAUCACAAGACCAAGGAGGCUUAAAAUCCAAGGCCGGAACCUGGAUCUGAGCAGAACUUGUGGGACCAUAGCAGACUGUACGUUUGAGGAGCUGUGUGACCGGCCCUUAGGUGCCAGUGACUACUUGGAGAUGUCCAGACUGUUUGACACAGUCUUUAUCCGGCACAUUCCCCUGCUGACACUGAACAAGAAAGCUCAAGCACGGCGCCUGAUAACACUUAUAGAUGCCUUUUAUGAUCAUAAGGUGCGAGUGGUCAUUCUUGCGGACCAUUUAUUGGAUGAGAUCUUUGUCCAUGAGGGACAUGACAAGCAUGAUGAAAGCCAUGUCCUGAUGGACGACCUGGGGCUCAAAAGGGAUUCAUCCAGUGGCCUGUCGAUCUUCAGCGGAGAGGAGGAGGUGUUUGCCUUCCAGAGGACGUUGUCUCGGCUAACAGAGAUGCAGACGGGGGAAUACUGGCUGGAGGGGGACAGAAGCACCACCUAACAACUCAGGACUGAUGCCACACUCCCAUGAAGCCUAUCUGCCAGGACAGAACAGCACUGAACGCUGAUAUUUCUCAUAUCUGACUCAGCAACAAUGACAUGAAACCCACUACACUCUGAAGACAGUCAAACCCAUGCUAAAUAUUUUUUCUGGAAUCAGCUCUUGUUUUUUUAUUUUAAGACUUCAUUUCUUAACUUUGCCAUCGCACUUUACUAACUGACUGUACUGUACAGAUCAUCUUAAAUUAUACUUUUUAAAUAUGUUUGCUUUUAAUACUGUCAUAUUGUGGCUAAGUAUUGAAUUGCAGUUUUAUUGGCACAUCUUCUAUUUACUCACGGAAAGAGGGCUUUGGGAAAUGUACUCUGACCUUUGAAAAUGAAAUUCCAAUGGUGUGCAUUAGAAGGUCAUGAGGUUGGAUGGAAGACAGCCUUCUGUUGACAUUUAAUGAUUUGUUAAAGGUAUUACAUUUCUUUAAAUUGUC